AUCUUCCUCAUCAUCAACAAACUCCCAUCAGCUCAUGAUCUCAACCAUCUGAAUUCUCACAGCUUUCACAACUUCCCCAUGUACCCUGCUCCGACGCCAUGCAGCUCGGCAGGUUUCAAGUCUCUACCCUCCGUCCUGCUCCCGUACUCUCCAUCACUUUCUCCCCGGACGGACGAUUGUUUACCAUUGCCACCGAGACGGGAUACGAGAUAUGGCGUACAUAUCCACUUGUCAUAGUUCGUCGUCGUAUUCUAUCAGGUACCCUGGCGUUAGUGGUCCCUCUCCUUGAUGGACCUUUGUUGGUGCUCCAAGGAGGUGGUCGGACACCUGUAUACUCCCCCAACAAAGUCAUAAUAUAUCAUGAUGGUCUUGGAAUUGCAGUUGCAGAGCUGGAAUUUGAGGAGAGAGUGAGAAAUGUCGCCAUACGUCGAUCAACUUUUUGUGUAGCGCUAUCACACAGAGCAAUAGCUUUUGAAUAUGGUAUUCGACAAGUUGCCCAAGGGGAUGUUAAAGGUAAAGGCAAAGAAGCAGGUUUCUGGGUUCAUAAGAUUGGUGAAUGGGAAACGGCGGAGAACGAGUUGGGUCUCAUGGCGUUAUCCACAAACACCGGCUCAACUUUACUGGCUCUUCCCGGUAGACAAGCGGGACACGUGCAAUUAAACAAUCUUCCCCCUUGUCCUCCUCCAGCGUCAGAAAUUACGAAUCCUUCUCAAGACUCGGGAAAACGUGGACAUAGACAAGGUCAAACAUUUCGAAAUCCGAUUAUUCUCGCUCAUGAUCACCCGUUAUCUACUUUAGCAUGUACCGCCAAUGGAUCACAUAUCCUGACUACUGGUGAGCUCGGCACGUUGGUCCGAGUAUGGGAUACGACUACAGGAGGAUUGGAGAGGGAAUAUCGGCGUGGGAUGGAUCCGGUCCGAAUGUGGGGGGCCAAGUUUGAAUUUGGAGUUUUACCCUUACCAUCAGGUGAGAAGAUGGAUCGUGAUGAGAGUAUGGACAAAGGAGGACGUUUAGUGGGAUGGAGUGAUAAAGGUACUGUGCAUGUUUUUGGACCUGAUGUAACUCUCGAGUCUACUGGAGGAUCAAGAUCAUCUGAAGGAUUAACAAUAAGCUCUACUCCUACAUCUCAACCAAGUCUCACGAGCUUACUUUCACGUAACCUACCCUUACCUAGAUACUUUUCUACCCCAGGUAGUUUCGCUCAAUAUCAUCUCCCUCGAAAAAACCCUCAUGCUUUCUCAUCAGCUAUCAGUUCUGCCGCUGCUGCCGCCCGUGUACCGAGUAUGAAAAUGAAAGAAGAAGCUCAACGCGCUCAACAAGGAGAAUGGGCCGAAAGAUUCGUUGUUACUUGGAUCAAAGUUCAAAUUCCCUUAUCUCCUUCAACAUCAACUUCAUCCCCUAUUCUCCCCCCUCAUUUAUAUCACCCUUCCCAUUCUUCUACCACUCCGAAUCAACAUCAUAUCGCACAAGAUAGUAACAAGUCGAGAUCAAAAACCAGCAUCGCGUUCAAAGACGACCCUCUCCGCUUAGGUGUAGGAAUGGGUAAUAGAGAAGAAAGACGUUCAUUUGGAAGUGGGAGUGAUCGUACUAUACGUUCACCCAGAGCCGGAACGGUAACUCCUACGAUUGGAGGCAAUGUAACCCCAACUCAACAGAAUACCAUAUAUACACGUCGUUUGCCAGGAGUAGUGAAGAAUCAAGAUCGAAGACCUUCUUCUGGAAGUAUAAAAGGUAAGAGUAAAGUUCAAUUGGAUGAUGGAUCAAAGAUGAAGGUGGAACAUCAAUUAGUAGUGAUCACUCAUUCGGGUGAUUGGUAUAGGUUGAGAAUACCUGAUCCUUCAGAUCCUACAAAAGAGGAACAAGGUGAAGAUGUGAAGAGACAUAAAGGUCAAUGUGAAUUGGUAGAAUAUCGUCGAUUGGGUGUUGGUGGAACUGGGUGGUAGAUGGGAAGUUUUGUUCAUUGAAUGGACCAUGAUUGAUUUGAUGGACAUUUAAUUUUACUAUCGUGUAGCAAUACUGUACUUUACUCGUAAAGCUAUCGCAUCGGCAUCCUAUGACCUUGAGUCUUUGUUGUACUGUAUCACCUACUAUGCAUGCUUGCAUCGUCAA